UAAAAUUGUGAAAGAGUGCGAAAACAUAUCCCAAAUAAAAACUCUCUGCAAAAUUUUACCUUAUCGUAAUAAUCUGAGAAAAAGGAAGAUAAGGAAUUAAAACUCCGAACAGAUUUGGCGUCGCCCGGGCUCGAACCGGAGACCUUCAGUGUGUUAGACUGACGUGAUAACCAACUACACCACGACACCAGCUGAGAAGCCUGUGAAUUGGCAAAAGGAGAAACCCAAGGCGGUUUAAGCAAUCCAUCUUCAAGUAUUUCUGCGAGAAGUUUCCGAGUUCUAAAUACGAGCUAAACGGUCUUUUUUGCUUUGAGAUUUGUGUCUCUCUUUUCCCACCAAUUGGAAGCAAUUCGGACAAAACCCAGAAAAAGUUCCCCAGAAUAAUCUCAAAGUUGGAAACUGGAAAUGGCUAAAGAAGCUAAUACCCUUUUCCUUGAAGAAUGGCUGAGAAGCAUUAGUGGCAGUAGCAGCAACAUCAGCUCCACUAACUCCUCUUCCUCAUCGGCCCGAGCUAUUAUUCAAGCUUGGGCGGAGCUCAGGGACUCCCUUCAACACCAAUCAUUUCGUCCCCAUCACCUCCAGUCUUUGAAAACCCUCCUUAACUCUCAAACGUCUCUUCAUGUUGCCGACCCACAAGCAAAGAUUGUCCUUUCUAUUAUUUCCUCUCCAAACCUCUCUCUUCCACAUGAAUCAUAUCCUCUCUUUCUCAGGCUUCUUUAUAUCUGGGUCAGGAAAUCCUUCAAACCCUCUUCGCUUCUCGUUGAUUCUGCCGUGCUGGUCCUCUCUCACCUUUAUAAUGCUCAAUUUGGUCUUAGGAAGAGUCCUCUCUUCUUCUCUGAAGGUGUUCUCCUUCUGGGUGCAUUUUCUUUUGUGCCUGCUGCGUCUGAAGGCUCUAAAACAGUUUGCUUGGAUAUGCUCUGUAGGCUGUUGGAAGAGGACUACCAAUUGAUUGGUUCAUCCGGAGAACUUAUUCCGGAUGUUCUUGCAGGAAUUGGGUAUGCUUUAUCUUCUUCUGUGAAUGUUCAUUAUGUUAGAAUUUUAGAUUCUCUAUUUGGAAUUUGGGGAAAAGAAGGUGGGCCUCGUGGUAGUGUUUCUGAUGGGCUCAUGAUUCUGCAUUUGACCGAGUGGGUGUUGUCUGGUUUGAUCAAUUUCCGAUCUUUUGAGAAAGUUAACGUUUUUGCCCACGAGACUCUACAGACUUCAAAGGCAAACUAUGUUCCGUUUGUGAUUGUCAUGGCUGCAGCAGGAGUGCUGAGGGUUCUCAAUAGAUCCACGAGUGGUCUGGGACUAGAGACUGUUUCCAGACUAAGGAUUUCUGCAGAGGAUCGAAUUGAAUCUGUAGCACAAGAUAUUAUCUCUAGAACUUGUGUUACUAAUAAAGAUUAUGAUCUCACAAACUGUCUUUUACUACAAUGUGUUUCAUUAGCUCUGGCUCGAAGUGGCUUGGUGUCUUCCCGUGCCCCUCUGCUUCUGUGCCUUGCUUCUGCAUUGUUGACUGAAAUCUUUCCCUUACGUCGUUUAUAUGCAAAAGUACUAGACUUCCCACAUGGCAAUUUGGCUAGACUGGGGCAUGAUGAGGUCAAAAAACAUUUGAACAGUGUCCCUUUUAAGGAAGCAGGGGCCAUAACAGGUGUUUUCUGCAACCAGUAUGUUUCAAUAGAUGAAGAGAAUAAAGGUGUGGUUGAGAAUCUUAUAUGGGAUUACUGUCAAGAUAUUUACUUGGGGCAUCGCCGGGCAGCUUUGAUUCUUCGAGGUAAAGAGGAUGAAUUACUUGGGGAUAUGGAGAAAAUUGCUGAAUCUGCUUUCCUUAUGGUUGUACUUUUUGCUCUGGCUAUCACAAAAUACAAGUUGAAUUCAAAAUCCACCCUGGACACGCACAAGGACAUAUCAGUACGCAUACUAGUUUCGUUUUCUUGUUUAGAGUAUUUUCGGCGUAUUCGUUUACCAGAGUAUAUGGAUACAAUUCGAGGGGUUAUUGUGAGUGUUCAGGAGAAUGAAUCUGCCUGUGUCUCUUUUGUGGAAUCUAUGCCUUCUUACAUGGACUUGACAAAUGGUCCAGACUUUUCCUACUCGCAGAAAAUGGAAUAUCUAUGGUACAUGGAUGAUGUUCAAACUGCUCGCAUGUUGUUUUACCUGCGUGUCAUUCCAACUUGUAUUGAACGUGUGCCCUGCUUUGUUCUUAGGAAGGGGGUAGCUUCAACUAUGUUCUUAUAUAUGGGACAUCCAAAUGGAAAAGUAGCUCGAAGCUCACAUUCCAUGUUUGCGGCAUUCAUGUCCUCAGGGAAGGAUUCUGAUCCAGAUGAAAGAGUAUCAUUAAAGGAGCAGCUUGUUUUCUAUUACAUGCAGAGAUCUCUAUCGGGAUAUCCAGGCAUCACUCCUUUUGAGGGUGUGGCUUCCGGAGUUGCAGCCUUGGUUCGGAACCUUCCUGCUGGAAGUCCUGCCAUAUUUUAUUGUAUCCAUAGUCUUGUGGAAAAAGGCGGUGAGCUCUGUAGUGACUUCUUCACUCAAGAGGCUGAUAUGCGGAAGAAUUGGCACGGAGAGUCAGAGCCUUGCAAGAAAAUCCUAGACUUGCUUCUACGUCUUAUUUCCCUCGUUGAUAUACAGGUGCUACCAGACUUGAUGAAGUUGUUGGCACAGUUGAUCGUCCAGUUACCUGAGGAUGGCAAGAAUAUGGUUCUUAAUGAGUUAUAUUCACAGGUUGCAGAGUCUGAUGAUGUUACACGCAAGCCCACUUUAGUUUCAUGGCUGCAGUCACUGUCUUACCUUUGUGCUCAAUCUACAAGUCAAAGUGCCACCUCUAGAGGGGUGGAAAAAGAUGUAAAUAUGACUUCUGCAGGGAGUGCAGACUCAUUAAGCCUGAGUAGACCAAAUGCCCGACUCUGAGACAUUGAGAGUUACUCCAGAAUCUGCUAUCAUGUCAGAAGCUCAACAAGAGGUCAAGAAAGAAGAAUCAGAUAUUACUCGAGUCUCCAAUACUUGCAGGCGAUUGUGGAGAAACUUCCCUUAUUUAACUGAAGCAAACAAAUGUGGAGAUCUGCAGUUAUGUGGUCUCAAAGCACACGGGAAAACCCCAACUCUUAUUCCCUAUAGGUUUUCAGGGUUGGAGAUUGGUGUCAGGCGAGUUUUUGAGUUGUUUUCAUUUGGUGCAGGCCAGUGAUUCUACUUGGAUUUCCCUUAGCCUUCUUGAUAUGAUUUGCUUGAUGGGAAGCCUGAAAAUAUAUAGGAUGAAACAAGAGGAGAUGGACUUGGAGGAUGACUGUUAGAUAUUUGCAGAAGUCUCAGCUCCCACAUUCUAUUUGCAUCCAUGUUGUUAAUCACAGAUUAAUGAGAAUAUAAGCAAAAAUGUGCUUUUGGAAUAAAGUUCGUACUCUUUGGACACUAAUAUAAUUCCUGUUGCCUUACUUUAGUUAAAGGUGCUCCGCUGUUUUGGUUCACUGUAAUCAAUGGAGGACUUGAAGUCUUCAAAUGAAGUAUGAAGAAAAUAAAGCUAUGAUGCAGAACUAGGCAGUUGCCUACUAGGAUUCGAAAAAAGCUCAUUUCUAGCUCAAUCCAAUCAUGGUCCCAAGACCUUGCUUCAUGAAUUGCAUUGGGACCUCUUUAGAUGCAUUCGACAAGAAAAGUUUUUCAGGGUUGAAUGAUGAGCUGUAGAAGUUGCUUUAUUUGUAUAAAGAAACUUAAUACACUGAAUGAGGGAUAUGCCAUGUGCCAUAUUAUAUAUACUUCCUUCCUUUGUAAAACUCCAAACUAAGUCGGAAGAAAUUUCAUCAAUUCAGUAUGUUGAAUUGAUAUUUGUAUUUAGAACAUGUGAUUUUUAUAUGUAUUUUUAAUUAUAUAAAAAUGCAUGUGAGAAUUAGAUUCUCUAA